GAGACCAUUUUGUACUGAGAGGAAGCAGGGGCUCUCUUGAAUGCUCUUACACCAUAAUUCAGACAUAAGAAGUCAGUAUUUAACAAAAGAAGAUCUGGGCAUGUAUUAGGCAAGGAGAUUAUUAAACUUGCUGGAAGUGGUCUCAGACAAGAAGUCUAUGCUGUUUCAUCAAUACUCUUGGCAUGAAAAUUCUGUAACCUCCUAGGAAAUUAAAACUAAAAUGGAUUUGCGAAACAUUCCUUAUCGCUCAGAAGUGGCUGCUUGGAACCCAGAUAACCUAGCAGAGUACUUUAAAACAUUAAAGUACAAGGACUGUGAGAAAGUUGUCAGAAAAUACAACAUAAAUGGACAAAGAUUUUUGAACAUGUCUGAAAAUGAUAUUCAGAAAUUUCCCAAACUGCGAGUGCCAAUUAUAAGCAAAUUAAGUCAGGAAAUAAACAGGAACGAAGGCAAAAUUAGUUUCUUUCCAAAACGUCCUCCAACACAGAAAUUUGCUGAGCAGAUGGGAUACAGUCAAGAAGAGGAUGGGGGCUGGUCUUCAUUUGAUGAAGAAGAUGACUAUGAGAGCCCAGAUAAUGAAAAUGACCAGGAUGAUGAAGCUGACUAUGAGUCUCCAAGUGAAGAACCAGGUGAAGCAGGACCUGAUAGUGAUGAUUAUGAACCUCCUCCGUCCAAUGAUGCAGCACACCAUAAUGUCAUAUUUCCUGCCAAAUCAAUUCCAAGCAACACUGACUAUAUAGAUAGACCUACGACUGCUAGAUCAUCUCUCCAGCCUCCUAUUCCACCACAACGCCCUGGUUCAUCUCCCACACCAUCAUCCUAUGGAGGGAGAGGCCUUCCUCAGCCAUCUUUCCCUCCUCCAUCAAGCAAUAACGAUAUGACUAGAGAUAGAAGCACCAAACCUUUAAAACCCCCAGCCCCUUCUAUAGACAGAAGCACAAAACCCCCACUGGAUCGUCCUGGGCCACCAUAUGAAAGAGAUAGCCCAGUACCAGGAAAGAGGCCACCAUUUCCUGAAAAGUCUCUGACACCAAAUCUAAGAUCUCUGGGGGAGCAGUUAGCAAAGAUACAAAAACCUCCUAUACCACCAGCUGAGAGAUAUGAAAGAGGUCACCCAACCCCUGGAAGGAAGUUACCACCCAUAAGGCAGGGUUGGGCACCAGAAAAAAAACCUGAUGAAGAAGAAGAGACAGUACCACAGAGGUCAGUGCCACAGCUAUCUUUACCUCCCUACAGUUCCAACACUUUCCCUUCGAGAUCUGCCAAACCACCACCUAAAUCUAGUCCAUCAGGAUCCAACAGUAUGCCUGGCGCAUAUGGAGAAAGUACUAACAGCCUGUCUUCAGGUGGCUCAUUACCAUCCCGCUUUCAAUUAGGUCAUAUCAACAGAUCUCCUUCACGAGGCACAGCAGAUAGCAGACCCCCAUUACCCGUUCCCAACAGACAGAUGGCCCGGUCCCAGAACACAGAGGAAAAUGAGGACUUGCUGAAUGAAGAAUGGUAUGUUGCUUACAUCAGCCGAGCAGAAGCAGAAGGAGCUCUUCGAAGGAUAAACAAGGAUGGAACUUUCUUGGUGAGAGACAGCUCUGGAAGAAACAGUACACACCCAUAUGUACUAAUGGUACUAUACAGAGGCAAAGUGUACAACAUUCAGAUUCGUUACCAGGAGCAUGAGCAAAUUUAUAUGUUAGGAACUGGAUUGAAAGGAAGAGAGGAUUUUUCUUCUGUAGCUGAUAUAAUUCAAUACUUCCAAAAAACACCCCUUCUGCUGAUUGAUGGAAAAGACAGAGGUUCAAGAAACCAAUGCAUGUUAACAUAUGCUGCAGGACAUGCUUAGAAGGAAGUUUAAUGAAAGUCAUGUUCAGGAUCAGCUGCCCACAGGAACCUGCAGACCUCAAGAAUUUCUAUUCAAUGAACUGAAAUGAUGAAGAAAUAAUUAAAAUUACUUUCAAUUUAAUGAAAAAGAAGAUUUUCAUUUUAAGAUAUAUUUUAAAACCAAUUUGCAAAGUACUUUUUUACUACAACCUAUUUAUUACUUCCCACUGUUCAUAUACACACAUAUGUUUAUGUGACAGAUGCUACUCCCAACGUGAACAUGUUGUAGAUAUAAAAUGGUUUCCACAUCAAAUUACAGAAUCUCAUGCAAUUUACAUUGUAACAAAAACUUAGGAAGAAAACUAUAUUUUUCAUGUCAGUGACAUGAUAUGUGCCACAUGUGUAGGUUCAUGUUGGGUUUAUGGUACCCAUUACAUUAACCUUACAAAUGAAAUCAGGUUUGUUUGUGCAGUCUGCAAUAGCUGUACAGCACAGUGUCAGUGUUUCUUACUUCUUGUUAUUAUUACUGAAAGAUUGUAUUGUUUACUUUCAUGUAUUUUAUGGAAAUUGAUAUACAUUAGACUCGUCUUGUAUAAAUUAAAUAGUUUUUAAUAAAAAUCUCAUUCUUC